GAAUUUUUUAAUAAUUCAUGGCAGUCGGGAAAAAUUAAAUAUUACAUGGAGUGGUCGGACAAAGCUCAAAUAUGAAAGUCCGAUAUCUGGUGUUCUUUGCUGAAUACAUAAAUGUAAGAUUUUUACGACUUUGGUACAGAUUAACUUAACACUUAACACUUGCAUGCAGCUGGUGAUUUAAAAAAAAUCUAAUUAUUGCGCUCUAAUUAAUAUUUUUAUUUUAUUUAUUGGGUUUAUAAUUUCAACUACUUCCGUUUAGCAAAACUUCAUCAAUUUUCUCUCUUUGCUCCUGAAUAGCAUUCUUAAGCAACUGAGCUUCGGUUUCCAGUUCUAUUUUUGCAGAUUCCAACUUAAGUUGAUAAUUCCGAAUUUCACUAUUAAGCGUUACUAAGUCUUUGUGAUCAGUGACAGCUUUUUCGAAGCGAUUCCACCAAUCUUGGUGUUGCGCAUCAUUUCUAGGCGAUUGUCCUCUUACAGUCUCGUCACUCAAAUCUACAUGAAAAGUUUCCAUAUCUUUCAAUAUUUGUUCAACAGUUGGUGGAGAUGGGGGAGGUGGAUAUUUUGAAUUUUUAGUUUUCUUUAACAUUUUUUAAAAGUAAACAAAAGUUUAGUCUCGUAUUUCAAUCUAUUCUAUUAAGGAUUUAUUUUGGACAACUGUAAUGACAGUUAACAGCUGUGAGUACACUUAUCGAUUUAUACUCUUUAUCGAUAUAUAUUAAAAGGAAACCUAAAUUGUUUAACAUUUGGAUUUUCAAAAUUAAUAGAAAAUAAAACAUUUAAUUCUUAGAAUGUAUCGGAGUUAUCACAGUAUCACAAUCUUUCGCGAUUAGAUGUCAUAAAAUAUAUAUAACGUAUGCAAUUACUUAUUUAAUUUUUUGUAUGGCAACUGUCAUUGUUCAUCGUCUGUCGAAGUAUCGUUUGACACUUUGAUAAUUGUGCCUUAUUGGCUGAUAUAGUUGUUAAAAAGAUAUUGGAAAUUUGCUACAGCAUUUUCAGGAGGCGUUCGAAGUGUAUUUACAUUUCAUCAUGACGUUGGGAAACAUAAAAAUGUUAACUAUCAACAAUUACAAGAAUCAGUAAAGGUAAACAAACAGGCAACGAAAUACAGUGAAGCGCCUUAAUAUAAUAAUUGCGAGAAGGAGGUAAAAAUUGACAAAGUUGCUAACGACAUUAAUUAACGCGCCGAGCAGAAAUUUUGUCGACUUUAAUUAUUAGACUGCGGGGUUGAGGUGAUAACCCGUUAUAUGUUAGUAGUGUUCUAAGGAUUCUGUGGAAAUGUCACCGCCAAAAAGCUGUGCUGUUUGUGGUGACAAGGCAUUGGGAUACAAUUUUAAUGCGGUUACCUGUGAAAGUUGUAAGGCUUUCUUUCGUAGAAAUGCCUUGGCAAAGAAACAGUUUACCUGUCCCUUUAGUCAAAAUUGUGAAAUUACUGUGGUUACUCGACGAUUUUGUCAGAGAUGUCGUCUGAAAAAGUGCUUAGAUAUUGGUAUGAAAAGUGAAAAUAUCAUGUCAGAGGAAGAUAAGCUUAUAAAACGACGUAAAAUAGAAAACAACCGCGCUAAACGCCGACUCAAUGAUAAUAAAGAAGGAUCUAUAACAGACAGUGCGGCUUUUGAUAUAGUUUCACACGAUUCGCAAAGCUCUUUUGAUAGUGGUAAAGGCACAGGGAGUAAUAAUAGUGGAUCAGCGGCUUUGGGUAAUCAGUCAUCACCGUUGAGCGCUAAUGUGCCAAUACAGUCACCAAUAAGAUCGCCAAUGUUAGUCGAAUCGGAUGGUGAGACAAAGCCUGAACUAAUGACCAGUGAGGAAAUAGUUGAAUUUAUUGUUGGUGAUCCCGAUCGUGCAUCUCAGAUGAUAAGUAAAUUAAUGCGUACAAAAGACGAAGCGCUGGCUAUUGUGGAGAAAAUUCUUACUUCUCAGAAAGACGCAUUGCGGCUCGUGUCACAUUUGAUUGCAUUCCCCGGCGACGCUUUAAAAAUCAUUAGUAAAAUAAUGAAUUCACCAUUUGAUGCACUAACGGUGUUUACGAAAUUUAUGAGUUCGCCUACCGAUGCUUUAGAAAUUAUUUCAAAGAUUGUUAGUUCUCCACAAGAUGUUGUGCAAUUCAUACGGAAUCUUAUGGAAUGUCCAGAAGACGCGCUAGAUAUAAUGAAUAAAUUUAUGAAUACACCUGCUGAAGCAUUGCGCAUAAUCAAUAAAAUAUUCAAUACGUUGAAUCCACCAACACGCAGCGAUGAAUUGCAUAAACUACUUUUGGAUGCUACAAAGGAUAAUAAGGAUACAUCAUUCCUGCCGACACAACAAGCGCCUACAGAAUCGGAAAGCACGGAGAAAGGAAAUUAUUUGCUACAUUCAAUGCUCAAUAACAGUCCCGUUAUGGCGCAAGAUUUUGUAAAUGGCGUGUCCUCUCGUGAUCAACAUUCAAUGUCGGUUAACUCCGAUUUAAUGAUUGAAUCGCCCAUAAAUAUACAAGGCAUGACAAUAAGAACAGACACACCGGAUCACACAUUAACACCCAUUCAAUCUCAGACCUUACAGCUGGGAUCUCCAGCAGAGUUACCUUCAGUGACAGCUUCCUUAGAAAACUCGUCACAAGGUAUUUCUAUUACGCCUACAGAUAGCUCUAUGGCCAAUCACGCUUUACGCUGCAACUCACCAACAAGCAUACAAUCCAACAUUGAACUGCCAAGUACCUCAGCCGGACUCAUAAAUCCAAAUUCGCCUACAGACUUAACAGCUGAUGCGGCAGACUUUAAUAGUGAGCACUUCGAUAUAAAAACAUUCAUACAAAAUUCAUUUCCCGACAAUUCAAGUGGGGGCGAUAGCUUAAAUUCAUUGGAGUCUGUGCUAUCCGAGGUGAUAAGAAUAGAAUUUCAGGCUUUUAACAAUUUACCGCCAGAACCUCGUGUAAAACAAGAACAAUUUCAAUAUACAGCAAAUAAUAUGACAAUGCAAAACUCAGGACAACAACAACAAUGUGGCUACAGUGGUUGCAAUACACAAUUGCAGCAACCACCUAUUUGCUCGCCAACAAAUGCAAUAACGGGUCGGGAUCUCAAUGAAGCUGAGCACAUGAAGUUGCGUGAGUUGAAAUUGGCCAGCGAAGCACUCUAUUAUCCAAUGGACAACGAUCUAUCUUUACUUAUGAUGGGUGACGAUAGAGUUAAGCCAGAGGACACGCAUCAGGAUCCGAAACUUCUGCAGGUGAUUAAUUUAACGGCAGUCGCCAUAAAACGUUUAAUAAAAAUGGCUAAAAAGAUUAGCGUUUUUCGCGAUAUGUGCCAGGAGGAUCAAGUAGCAUUACUAAAAGGUGGUUGCACCGAAAUGAUGAUCAUGCGUUCCGUGCUAACAUAUGACAAUAACCGCAAUACGUGGAAGUUGCCGCACGUUUCCAAUAUGGCUCAUGUACGCGCAGAGAUUUUAAAGCAAGCAAAGGGAAAUAUUUACGAGGAAAUUUUGAAAUUUGUCGGUACUUUCGAUGAGAAGUGGCGCAUGGAUGAAAAUAUAAUUUUGAUCAUGUGCGCAAUUGUGCUUUUUACACCGACGCGUGCGCGUGUCAUACACGCGGAUGUCAUUCGUUUAGAGCAGAACUCUUAUUAUUAUCUUCUGCGAAGAUAUCUAGAGAGCGUCUAUCCUGGUUGCGAAGCAAAGUCAGCUUUUAUUAAGUUAAUACAGAAAAUUUCGGAUGUUGAACGUCUGAAUCAAUUUGUGAUUGGUGUUUAUUUAAAUGUGAAUCCCUCACAAGUAGAACCGCUUUUGAGGGAAAUAUUUGAUUUGAAAAAUCAUUAGUUAAAUACCAUAUUAGUGACGGGCUAACUAAACGCUUGCUUACACUAUUUACAUAUAUAUAUAUAUAUAUAUUAUAUAUUUAUAAAUAAUGUUGAAACUACUAUAUAGAGUAGCAUUGCUUUGUAUUUGUUUUGUUUUACUUUUUUUUUAUGCGCCAGUAAUAUAUUUAGGAGCAAAGUAGAUAUUUUUUAUUUCUGCAGUGCUACUUUAGGGCAUUAUCCAUCACUGUACAUUUAGAAGUUUAUCCAUUUUAAAAUAAAUAAAGAAAAAAAGUAGGUAAUUUUUAUAAUAAAAUAUGAAUUGUUGAAUGUAACGCGAAAGCAACUAUGUAUAUUAAUACAUUGCAUUGUAUAACACAUAGGAAUGUCUCGUCAACUCGGGUGCAUGUGAUAAAUGUACAACACUAACUAGUUAUUACAAACUUAAAGUUAUGCUAUUUUUAAUAUUAUACACUGAUAAAUGAGAAUGUUGAAUCCGAAUGCAUAUAUACUAUAUAGGCAUAAACAAUUUUAAAUUGAGCAACUAUAAUACAUCACCUAUUCACUGUUAGAUGCAACACAACACAAGUUGGUAGUUUAAAAUGUGCAAUUUAUAUAACACAGAUUCAAUCUAAAAUAUGUUUCAAUAAAAAAGAGUCUAUUUUGUGUAACAAUGGAA